CACAGCCCAUUGCGUUUGCGCCACGUACUAUAGACUUGCGAAACGUCCUUAGUCUCAAUGACGCUCUAGAAAAAAGUAAACUCGGCCUCGUCGACCAGUGCACAACAGCUAUAGUCCACACACCGUGUUCUCGAUUGUUUGUUUGUUUCGAGGUAACCGUUCCACACGACGAUCCGAGACCCGUAUAGAUGUCUCCCACACAGACACGCUACUCGGCCGGUCACAGCCCACCAUACAGUUACAUAAAGGUGUAUAUAGCUAUAGACUUACGUGAACAUAUAGCUCCCUCAACGCGUCCAACAUCUGAAUGCUUUGUUACUGAACAAAACUGAAUAUUUCAAAAUAAGUUUCUUGAUCACUAGCGGUACCGCCACACAGAAUUGUGACCAGAUCCUCAACCCUAUAGAAGGACAUCCAGAAAUCAUCGAAUUUCGCAAGAUGUACGUGUACACGGUGUUGUAUGGUCUUGCGUGUUAACUUAAAUAGUAAUACAGCAACUUGCAAUUGCUAUACAUUUGCUUACAAGCGGUUCGAAGUAACUUAGUCCCGUAUGUGUCUCCCUCUCCUCAGACGUCAGCUACUCAACAUGAGCUACAAAGUACUGCUGUGUACGGCUGUCGUCCUUGCGGCUGCAGUGUCUGCAGACAAGCCAAACAUCGUCGUUCUGUUUGCAGACGACUUAGGAUUCGGAGAUCUCGCCGUUUAUGGCCAUCCGACGUCUACGACUCCAAAUCUCGACAAGAUGGCGAAAGAAGGUUUGGUAUUCACUCAGUUUUACAGUGCCAGUCCCGUCUGCAGUCCAUCUCGGGUUGCUUUGCUAACCGGACGCUAUCAGACUAGAAGUGGAAUUUGGCCGGGAGUGUUCGGAGCUGCAUCGACUGGAGGCAUUCCUCACAACGAGACAACAUCCGCGGAGGUCCUGAAGCAAGCUGGAUACGCUACCGCCAUCGUGGGCAAAUGGCAUUUGGGUGUCGGCAAAAACCAGACCUACUUACCUACAAAUCACGGAUUCGAUUACUACAUGGGUAUUCCUUACUCUCACGAUAUGUGUCCCUGCCUUAUUUGUUUCUAUCCAAACCAAGCUUGCUUUGAUAAAUGCAGAACAGGUGACACCCCAUGUCCAAUCUUUGAGAACACGAGGAUCAUAAAACAGCCAGCAGAUUUCACAACACUCACUGCAACCUAUACAAAUGCCGCCACUUCGUUCAUACAAAAAAAUGCAGCUGGAAAGACACCAUUCUACCUGUACUUGGCCUACCAGCACACCCACCAUCCUCAAUUUGCGAGCAAGGAAUUUCGGAAUUCCUCUAUAAGAGGGACAUUUGGUGAUUCAUUGAGCGAGUUAGACUGGAGUGUGGGAGAGGUAUUCAAGACACUAGAGAGCAGUGGUGUGGCAGAUAACACAUUCGUCUUUUUCACUUCUGAUAACGGACCCUCUCUAACUCGUCAGAUUCGAGGUGGUAAUCAAGGUUUGCUCAAGUGUGGUAAGGGGACAACAUAUGAAGGUGGCAUGAGAGAGCCAGCUAUUGCAUGGAUGCCUGGGAAAGUCACUCCCGGCAGAACAAUGGAGCUGGCAGCCACUGUUGAUGUUUUUGUCACUAUCUCAAAAAUGGGUGGAGGAAAGAUUCCUACGGACAGACCAAUCGAUGGAGUUGACAUGGCUCCUAUAUUAUUCAACAAUGAAAAGAGCAACAGAGAUUUCUACUACUAUUAUCCAUUCGGUCCAAACCCAGACGAUGGAGUGUUUGCAACACGUUACAAACAGUACAAAGCUCAUUUCUACACUAAAGGUGGUCUAGCAGGUAAGCCAUACAGAGAUGAAGACUGCUGGGGAUCUACACCAAAAACCAAACACGAUCCACCCCUACUGUUUGACCUCGUUACUGAUCCAUCUGAAAGACAUCCACUCAGUGGAAAAGUUUAUGAAGAGAUCAUCAAGCAGAUCACAGAUAUGACUAUGAAAUUCAAUAAGGAGAUGACAUGGCAUGAAUCUGAGAUUCAUGGAUCAAACUCGAGUGCCAUGCCAUGUUGCAAACCGGGUUGCUCUCCUUUCCCCACAUGCUGCGCUUGUGGUCAAGAAAUCCAGCAACAUCUCUUUAGUCCAGCACUUGAACUACUGUAGUGUAGCAUGUUCUAUGAACUCUACUUCCAGGUUGACGCAUCUCUUUGUGGUUUCGUAGAUAUACAAUCAAAAUAUUCAAUCUUCAAAGCAAUGUUUGUCGAACCAAUUUUAAGAUAACAACUGGAUCUACUUCCGUGUGGAAAUGAUUUCUAAUAUACACCACCUAGCUAGCUCGUACCUACUACGUUGCAUAGAAAGUCAAAACAGAGAGUGCCUACACACAAGUUUUUCAUCAGAUCAAACACUAACAAC